CAGAUAUGCGGAUAACGUGGAGGUCAAUGGCGGAUCCCAUCGAUCGCACCUCGCUGCAAUUUGGACCUACGCUGUCCAGGUAAUGACUGUCCAGCUGCUGUGUCGUUGUCUCGGGGCGGGGCAAUGGGAACCACCCCAUUCAUUCACCGGCCAAGGAGUUCGUGCCUUUGUUCCGUGCCGGGCGUCCCAACCCGAAGCGGGGUUGCUACCCACGGGCGCCACAGCUGUCGAUGAUCCCUGAACCAUGUGAGCCCUGUGACUCUUGUCUCCACAACUGCGCCACAAUUGGACACGCUGGCGUCAGCUUUCCACUUCGAGAGGCGCCGAUGUCCACCACGAAACCAGGCUACUGCAGCCACUGCAGGGUACACCCUCCCUAUCGCGACGUCGUAUUCUAAUCCCGGCUGUCCUUACGUGGUAUAGUAUGCCAGAACAUGCACACACCCAGCACACAUGCAGUUACAGGUGUUCUGUCCCAACCAUGAUCCGUGAUUUAACCCGAGAUACGUCGGCUGCAUUGUCAAGGUCAUCUGACACCGGAGUUAAGUUUGAAGCAGCGACUAUAUCACGGACUCGAGAGGAUCAGCGGAAGCAGGUCAUGGCGGUUAAAUGUCGAAACUCUGGUCCCAGCACACGGAGAUUUGCCGUGAGGAUGAAGGAAAAUCUCGGAGAUCCCCAUCUAUAGAGCAGGGCCGGACGGGCAUGAGGGCCUGUCCUUUAGGCCCUAGGACCCUACUGCUUGCUGCCUCGCUGCCAGGCAAUCCCUGUUGCAUCAGAAUAUCAGAGCAUCUGACAGUUCUGACGUGAGUCAGUACUAGUAAUCACCGGGACAGGAUAGGAGGUCCACUGAGAAGAAACUUUCAUCACGGGUGAGUCAGCUAAGCUGGAUUCUAGUACGGGCUCACUGACUGCACGGAUGGCGGUAACUCCGGUCAAUCACAGAACAUCAGAGUUGACAAACGGGACUGGCAGCCGAGAUUGUUUGGAUCGUAAGAUCCAUGGAGUUACGAGACGAUCGUAAGUGCUAACUCUAAGUCAACUUCAUAAGUGGGUAGGAAGUCAACCGCAGGUCAACUUACUCUAGAAGAUGUGGCUGGAGUGAAGAGAGGCCGUUUAUCUGUGGCCGUAGAGAGGCCAUUUUCGAUACAGAUAUCAGUCUGAGAAAUUGCUGGUAAUAACUGUGACAUAAAGAUUUCGUUGAAGACUCUGAAAGUAGUUGUGUAAUUUGUUGUUUCUGGGAGAAAGGUCGCUGUAAGUGUCAAUCGUCAGGACCGUCGUCCGAGACACAAUCUUCAAAGGAAGAGCAGAGCAGGUUCGCACAUGGACGUGCGCGUGAGGCCUUGAAGAGCUACGAAGAAGAUAUACUGAAACCUGAAGAUACCGAAAAGUGACCAUGAUUCCCGGGAAAAAGUUAGAUAAAAGUCCAAAGUAGAGUCACAAAAAGUUGGAGCAAAAUCCAUUAGUUUCAGAUGGAUCCAACCAAAAGGAAACAUUAUGCAAGGACUAAUGAUU